AUGGACGACUUUGGUCUGUACUUCUGUGGGGACCAGCUCAACAAGAGAACUGUGCUUGUAAAAAUCUUACCUUUAACAAUCCAAGGGCUCUCUGGCGGCUGCUCGUGUCUUCAUGGCCACGUCUCCGAGGAGCAGGCGUCCAAACACACCGGAGCACACACACGUCUUCUACACCCACGCCUGGAAGUGGUUCCUUCCACCGCAGCAGCUCCCGGGGGGGGGGGGGGGGGGGGGGGGGGGGGGGGGGGGGGGGUGGGGGCGCGGGGGGGGGGGGGGGUGGGGGACGGGGGGGGGGGGGGGGGGGGGGGGGGGGGGGGGGGGGGGGGGGGUGGGGGGGGGGAGGGGGGGGGGAGGGGGGUGGGGGGUGGGAGUGUUAUGUGCGUCUUGAUGCUGGGCGGGUGGUGGGGGGUGGGGCGGGGGGGGGGGGGGGGGGGGGGGGGGGGGGGGGGGGAGGGGGGGGGGGGGGGAUGGGGGGGGGCGGGGGGGGGGGGGGGGUGGGGCCAAGCCAGUCCUCAUGUAGUUUGGUGA